AUGGUGACAAACUGCAAGGCCUCUAAGAAGAACAUCGCCGUCGUUGCAGCGUGGUUUAAGUGGACGAUGCGUGGUUUUGUUUAUAUUGUACUGAUGGGAUACCUGCAGCUAGAAGACCGCCUGAAAAAGGAUGUGGCAGAGCACGGGCUUGAUUUGAUGCGGCAACGCGAUGCGUCUGUUAAUCCAUCCAAUCUGCUGCUGAUGAUUGAAGGAGAAACCCUGAAAAACAAUACUUUCGAUAUUGAUAUCGAUAUCGGGCCUGCGGCGGUGUUCAGGAGUCUUGGACGCGGAAAUCUU